UCUAUUCGGUUCUGUUGUCAUGGAAACCAGUUUGACAUAAAUUUUCGAAACACAACAAAUCGGCAAAAAAAUAUAAUUAUUGCACGCGAUUUGUUGAGUUUACUUUAAAAAACUACAUUAUAAUUUACAAGUCUUGCGUACAAGCCAUUAACUAUUACUAUUUUGCACCAAACUCCUCGUUCUCAUUCAUUCGGCAAAAAGGAAUAGCAAAGCAAAACAAAAUUCUAGUAAGCAGUUACCACUUUAGACCUCAACCAGGACAGUGCAGGAAAUUGGAACAAAAAUGGAUGAAUUCCAAAGUGUUACGAAAACUUCUUCAGUCGUGAAAAUCUCAGCUUUGCUCGAGAAAAUUUACGUGAAAAUUUGUGAAAGCAGAGAGAAAAAAGUCCUCGAACAUAACAUCAAAGAAAUUGAAUUUCUUAAAACCCAAUGCAAGUCGGACAUUGUCCAAUUAAGUCUAAUGAGCUCACAGACAUUUGUGCGUCUCGUCGAAGCUGGAGUACUCGAUGUAAAUAACGUGCUUGCAAUGCUAAUCUCUAUGCUGCCUAAUUCCAGCUCUUCUCAACAUUCAGUUAUCAGCGAAGCAGUUAUUAGUCUUCUGUUGUUAAGCUUGAAACGCAAAACGGCUUUGGCCAAAGAGAAUGAACCCUUUCAAUCUUCAUAUGGACUAAAAACACAACAACAUCCGCUUAUCACACUAAUUCAAAACAAAGGUGUUGACAUGAAUGACAUCGCCAAUAAAAUUAAUGGAAUUUGCAAUCAUCAAGAUAAACAAAUUAAGAAACACAGCACAGAAUAUCUUCGCCCGGUUUUUUUGUACAUUCUUUGUAAUCCAGAGACACUGCCCUAUUCUAAAACUAUCUGGACCGGUCUGCUUUCUUUGGCUAAAACCCAGACAAGUGCGAAACAUCUCACGAAAGAAAUUAUCUUAUGGUCGAAGAUAUCAUCACCUAGUACCAGCCUUUUUACAAGUAUAAUCCUUAUAGAAGCCAUUGAGCAUUAUCUUGCUCAAAAAGAUUUUGACCAAUCAAUCGAUCUAGCUAUUUAUCAAGCAGUAGUUAUUAAAAAUCUAGCACAAUUUGGAAUUGAUCCAAGGCCAAGUUUGCAAUCCAUUUUACGUGUCUUGCACUCGACUAGAGAACAUAACCGCAAUUUUUACAACGUCCUCUUAGUAUUACUUGCCCGCAAUGUGCAUCUACUUUCGCCUUUAUAUUUACCUGACAUAUUGCGCCUUAUUGCUUAUAUUGUGGUACAAGAAAACUGUGGGAAUCAAUACAUUCUGAACAUGUGUCUCGAUGGUAUCAUCUUGUGGAUGUCUCAGACUGCAUUUAUACCUACAGAUGGUGUAGCCUUGGCCCAUCAGAUUGUAAGAAAAAUUCUUUCUUUAAACAAACUGCCACCAGAAACAGAACAGCAACAAAAAAUUUCUACAAAAGAAUUUUCGAAACAAAUCAGGAAUAUCCAUCCCGAUAUUGCAAUUGCAUUUGAUUUAUCUAAAUUAGUUGAAGGUUUUGAUGAGUCGGAAUUCAAAGAUGUAUUCACUUUUGUCGAUGCGCUGAAUGUCAAAGCUAAAACAAAUUUUUGUCAAAGCAUCAAUUUAUUUUUGCGAGCCUUAUUUCUUUCGAGGGAACCAUCUGUUGAUUGUUGGUUUAGGAUAUAUGAAACUAUUUUGGAGAUUAUCAAACUAAAUGGAGAUGUGUCAUAUGAUUUUCUAAUGACGUAUGUAUUUAAAUUGGCUGAAGAAGUGAAUCCAGAAAUUCAAGUUGAGCUGCUUCGAGGUCUGCCGAAUUUUGCAGUUUCAAAGGACAACAUUCCAAUGAUCUUAAAUACUAUUCGUGCAAUGAACACCAAAAAUCCCACCUUUUGUAUGGAUCUGUAUCUUCGUUUAUGGCGAAUCGAAGGACGAACCUAUCCCUUCCUUAAAAAACUCUUAUCACAAUCACAUAAAGAGUUAGGCGGAACCGAUCUCUCAGAAUUUGAAAUAACAAAAACUUAUGUCAUCAAGGAAAUUUGCUCAGAAAGACCAAAUCAAUACGGUUCUGAUCUAGUAUCUCAUUUAUCAGACACACUUAACACAUGUACCGAUAAAAAUGGCGACCUAGCAACGUCAUUGGCUUUAGAUGCCAUAGUAUCGCUGUGUGAAAGUCAUACUGUAAAUAUUAUCUCAACUUGGAAAGCUCUAAGUGGCAAGUUCCGCCAUGAAACACGGCCGCGCACAACAAAAAGUUUACUUCGCUUCUUUGGACAGGUUCCAUUACUUCAAACGCCAACUAUUGAAUAUGAAAAUCUCGUUGAAGAUGCUUUAGAUAACAUUUGGAAAACAAUAUGCACUUCGGACAAUCUAGAGAUAAUUCAAGAAGCCUUUAAAUCUUUGACACACUACGAAAUUAACACCUUAAUGACACUACGUCAUAUACCACCGAUAUUUAGAGACUUUAAAUAUGUAUCAAGUGAGUAUAACCAAGAGACUGGUCGAGAAAUCAUAGAUUUGCAAAACGAAACAAUUCCUGGUGAUUGUUGGAUUCAAGUGUUACAAAGAGUUCGACCUGAAUGUACGUCUGCUGUAGCUGAUCUACUUUCGCAUUAUAUUUACCAAGAAAUCAAUGGUUAUAGAGGUGGUGUUUAUCGAAUACCUGAGGGUAAACCCGAACCUCGUAAAAUUCAAGUGAACGAUCCCAAAAGUGUUCUCAGAGCGCUGUUAAACUAUUUGAUUUCACAGUCUCGCUUUGGUGAUCGUAUUCAUGAGCCGCAUGUUGUGACGAAUGCCUUACGAGCAAUUUCAAAAAAAUUUCCCAAACCAAUACCACCUUUAGAUUGGUGUUUCCUGCAUAGUUUCUUUCAUUUAAGUUUUGAAACACGCAAAUAUUGUAUAUUAAUUGCAAAAAAUCAAGUUCUGCACUCGGGAACUGCUAAGAGAUUGUUGGAGAAUUUCCUAACAGAAUUUGAACCAAAUUGCUUUGAAAAAGACCUUCUUCUACUAUUCAGUGUGCUUCCGGAAAUCGCCAAUGGAGUGAGUUUGCAAAUUAUCAAAAAUUUCACAGAGAAGAUAGCUGUUUACUGCUUUAAGGAAUCACAACUCAAUGGAUUUGCUGAAGGGUGUCUCUUUGAAAAGUUUUUGGAUAGUGCUAAGUAUAUAUUUAUGGGUAAAUGUGAUAUACCAGAGGUCCUAGACGUUUAUACAUUAAUAAUAGAACGAUACAUGGACUCCAUGGACAUUGAUUCUAAGCUUUUUGAAAAAUACACAGAGGUUUUGGCAACAAUGCAUCCGAAUUCAAUAGACGGCUUAACGUCUCCAUGCAAUUGGUGGGAAAAACCCAUCGGAAAACUCAAGAAAGCCACAAUUAUACGAUGCUACUUGGUGCUAUACAAUGAUAAACUGCCCAAUCCUCUUAAAUGGUUAAAUCCAAUUAUAGAUGCUUUUGCGGAAAAACCUGAGGAGCACGCCUUUUUAUUUCGACAUCUGGCAGCAACUUUAUAUGCUUUCAACAAUGAUGAGUGCUCUUGUGCUUGGAUCAUGGAAUUAUUUUUACAAAUUCAGGCUCUUUUGGCAAACUCUUCUAUUAAGGAAAAACUCGACAAAGCAUUCUAUCUUUUAGAUAUCUUUAUUUUAGCAAUUGAUGUUUUGUCAGGUUGUGCCGUUUUGUUGGGAAAUCUUGAUGUUGUUGCUACUUCUCGAACAGAUCGAAUUGAAAUCUUUCCAGAGAGUUUACAAUAUCUCUGUGAUCAUGUAUUUUGGAAGGAUAACGAAGCAAAGAUCUAUGAAUUCCUUAGUAAUAUGUAUCGUCUUCCAGUAAUUACUGAAAUCUAUUGUAAUGUAUUCAAAGAGGCUAUUAUUUGUUCCAGAAAUAAGCCUUAUUUUGAUAAUAAAGCUAUCUGGACGAAGUAUGUUGGAAUGCGAAAAUAAAAAAAAAACAUACCUCUUAAAUCGAAGUGUAGAGUUGUUGAUAGUCAGUCAUAACAAAAAAUAUUUUUUUUAUAAUUUAAAUGAAAAAGUCAAAUUGAGCUGCCGUUUAAUAAAUAAAAUUUUGUUAAUGUUUUAUAUAUUUAAGAUAAAAAUCUUUGUUAAUGUUUUAUAUUUUUUUUAAUUA